AUGGCUCUCCGCGCCCUCUUGAUGCUCCUGCUUGCACCUGCUGCUGCUGCGCUCGCACCGGAUGUCCCUGCAUCUGAGUGGUGUGCCUGGAUCCCAUUCAGAGCACUUGAGUAUGUCGACGACUGCCAGGCAAACAGCACAGCCGCGACCAGCCCGGUUCAGGUUACGGAGGGCUGUGUCGAUUGGUGCCUGUGGGUGCCAGGGCCGACAUGGAACAGCAUCGAGGUCUGCCACCAUUGCGUGUCCAGCACAGAUUCACCUGCGAAUGCCACAGUGGACAACGGCACCGAGCCGGCGAACACUUCCGAGACUGCAACGAUCGGAGAGCCGAAGCCAGAGAGUGCACCAACCAGCCUGAGGGGCAAAUCUCUGAAGUCUUUCGUCGGCUACCCGAGCUGGUGCAGGACGAUUCCGUGGGGAAGCUUGCAGUAUGUGCCCGAUUGCCGCGGCUACCGUGGCUCGGACGUCGCUGUGUACUAUGGCCCCUACUGUGCGAGUUGGUGCCAGUGGGUUCCAAGCCCUUCGUGGCAGUACGUCGCUUCUUGCGAGCGCUGUGGUGGGCAGCCGGUCGGGGUGCCAGUCGGGCCGUACAGCGGCGACUGUGCAAGCUGGUGCCAGUGGGUCCCAAUGCUCUCCUGGCAGUACACUUCUGGCUGCUCCGGCUGCUUCUGA